GAUAUAAUCAACGAUGAAAACAUGGCGUAUGUUGGUGGUUUAUUGGUGUAUGCAUUCGCGCUUUGCGGUUCGGUGAAGGCAGUUAAGAGAUAAACAAAAUGAACUGUCUCACGUGAAACUCAUGACCUCUUAAAAGUGUAGUUGUUAUUGAUUAUAAUUCUCGGAUGUGUUGUUUUGCUUGAAAAUAGGCCAUGAGAAGUGGACUAUCGCGCUGUUUAAUUGUGUCUGCGACAAGACCAAACGGCAAGUGUCACAAUAAAUGCCACCUUACUUUGGCCUGUAAUACGGGGGAGUUAUCUUCUUCCAGGUAUCAGGCGGUUGUGGGAGGAUCUGGUGUCCAUCCCAGGCGUGACGAAUGCCUCCUUUAUUGACGUCCAUGGAACAAAACACACUGACGGCUUACGGGAACAGCAAUGGCCGAGACGACUCAUGUAGCAGCGGUUCGACUCCGAAUACCAUCAGCACGGCCCAGCAGACAAGUAACCACAACAGUCCUGUUAAACACAAGGCUGAGGGUUCGUUCAACAGAAAAUCUAACGAUUCCGGCAGUAGCUCACUUUCCAAAAAAAGUGCUUCGUCCUUAUGGACUGCGCUGUACGACUACGAAGCCCAAGGGGAGGAUGAACUCAGUUUGCGGAGAGGGGAAAUCGUGGAGGUUUUGUCCAAGGACUCCAAAAUAUCGGGUGAUGAGGGUUGGUGGACGGGUAAGAUAGGUGACAAAGUAGGGAUUUUUCCAGCAAAUUUUGUCAGUGAUGAAUACACAAUAGACAGGGUGAACAGUGUAAUAAGAGAUAUAAUUCCUGUAGAAAUAGAAUUUUCGGAGCUUGAGUUGGAAGAAGUGAUAGGUGUAGGAGGGUUUGGAAAAGUGUACCGUGGCUUUUGGAACAACCAGGAGGUCGCAGUUAAAGCUGCGAGGCAUGAUCCCGAUGAGGAUAUCAGUGUGACCCGUGAAAAUGUGCGACAAGAAGCGAAGUUAUUCUGGUUGCUGAAACAUGAGAAUAUUGUGGCACUGGAGGGCGUGUGUCUUCAGUUGCCCAACUUGUGUUUGGUUAUGGAAUACGCUCGGGGAGGGUCUCUCAACCGUGUGCUUGCAGGUCGUAAGAUCCGACCUGAUGUUUUAGUGGAUUGGGCCAUUCAGAUAGCACGAGGAAUGAACUAUCUUCAUAAUGGAGCACCUAUAUCACUCAUUCAUCGUGACCUCAAAUCUUCAAAUGUUCUUUUGAGUGAACCUAUUGAGAACGAUGACCUCCAGUUCAAAACGCUCAAGAUCACCGACUUCGGUCUGGCGCGUGAAGUGUACAAAACAACCCGCAUGUCGGCUGCGGGCACCUAUGCCUGGAUGGCGCCCGAAGUCAUCAAGACAUCCACCUACUCAAAAGCCAGCGAUGUUUGGAGCUACGGCGUGCUGCUGUGGGAGCUGCUGACGGGGGAGACGCCCUACAAGGGGAUCGAUGCCUUGGCGGUGGCCUACGGGGUCGCAGUCAACAAGCUGAAGCUACCCAUCCCCUCGACCUGCCCGCAGCCCUGGAGAGAGCUCAUGGAAGCGUGCUGGGAGUCGGACCCGCACCGGCGGCCGUCCUUCGAGGAGAUCCUGGUGGCGCUGGACGGCAUCGUGCACUCGGCCUUCACGCAGACGCCGCACGAGAGCUUCCACACCAUGCAGGAGAACUGGAAGGUGGAGAUCGAGGAAGUGCUUCACGGCCUGCGCAUGAAGGAGAAGGAGCUGCGCUGCCGCGAGGAGGAGCUGACGCGGGCGCAGCUGCAGCAGAAGGCGCUGGAGGAGAACCUGCGGCAGCGCGAGCAGGAGCUGGCGGAGCGCGAGAUCGACCUGCUGCAGCGAGAGCUGCACAUCAUGAUCAUCCAGCAGCAGACGCCCACGCCCAACAAGCGCAAGGGCAAGUUCAAGCGCAGCCGCCUCAAGAUGCUCAAGAAGGAGCCCGGCCAGAUCAGCUUUCCCUCAGACUUCCGCCACAAGAUCACGGUCCAGACGUCGGCGGACCGCAAGACCCACAACGUGUCGAGCCCGAAUAGCCCUCCGGGGUCUCCCAACAUUCCCCGGCUGAGAGCCUUUGCACUGCCGGCAGACGGGGUGAAGGGCAAGACGUGGGGCCCCAGCACUUGCCACCAGCGGGAGAGGGGCCAGAUCAUGACCCGCGUGGUGGACGGGCAGAAGCGCUGGAGCAAGUCCGCGCCCAACCUAGAGAAACAGUCGGGCGGCCAGCGAGCAGCCGCGCUGCACGACAUAGAUGGGGACUGGCCCCCGGACAAGCCCCCAGUGUUCCCUCACCCCCCACCCGUGCCGCUGCCGGGGCUGUACAACGGGGUCCCGGACGCACGCAACAAGCAGAAGCUGUCGGCCAUUGAGCUGGCGCUGUACAACAUGGCUGCCAUGCUGGCAGGGGUGGCCUCCGGCUACGACGUGCGUCUCUCCAACGUGAUGCCUGUACACCCUCGGCUGCACCCUGGCAGGCAAGAGGAGGAGCAGGAGGAGCGACGCUGGUGGUUCCACGCGGACGGCAGCUCCCCGAGCGGCGGCCAGUCGAACCGCAGCUCCUACCUCGGGCCCGACUACGAGUUCACCAGCACGUCGGGCUACCCCCACAACACCUACCACGGACCAGCGCGCCACUACCGCCCGCUCAUCGGCGCACUGGAGGGUGACAAGCCCCUCAGGUUCACAGACUCCCCGCAGCACGCCUCCCCUCGCCGCAAGUCUUCCAGCACCAGCAACGAGAUGCCAGAGUGUUCGUAUCCUCCCCCACCUCCAGCCCCUUCUGGUGGAUUCUACUCCGAGUAUCUCGCGUUGUAUCCCCCGGAGAUGCUGAGGACAGACCUCGCCAUGUACCCGUACCCCCACGCCGACUACACAACCCUGCAGUAUCCCGAGUUCCCCGGCCAGUACGCGGCCUACGACAACCCCAGCUCGACCAACAGCGGGACGCGAGCGGCCGCCAGGUACUCGGGCCAUCGGCGCACGCCUUCCAACGUGUCCAACGCCUCCUCCAACAACGGCAGCUCCAACGUGAACCCCAGCUUCCGGCUGGAGGACGAGCUGGAGUACUCGCAGUACGCCACGCCCACCCACCAGUACUACCAGCCCCGCGACUACGCCACUCCGCCCCCCCAGUACUUCUCCAGGCAGAACUCGUACGACUCCGGCUCCUCGGACCGACCGGGGACGCUGGAGGUGGGCGGCACCCGCUUGCGGUCCAGCCUCAAGAAGCACAACUACUCGCCGGCGGCGGGGGCGAGGUCCCAGGGAGGCCCUCCCUCGUCGGGCGGGGCCGGGACCCCCACCAACCCCACCCCGCCGGACAGCCUGACCAGCGAGGACAGCAGCUACGUGUCCGCGAAGGAAGGCUCGUACUCAUCGGCGUCGCGGGUGCGGUUCUCGCCGGUGACGAUGGCGGGGGAGGCGGCCCGGGAGACGCUGCUCGACAUCCCGGUGCACGGCCAGAGCCAGGACGCCACGGUGCCCCUGCAGGCGGUGGCGCGGCGCGUCAGGCUGGGAGGGGGCGAUGCUUGCAAGGGCCGCAAGCCCUCCAUCAGCGAGCUGGAGCGGGAGUUUCUGUCAUAGUGCAGGUGGCGCUCCAGGGCUCGGUCUUGCCGGUCAGAGCUCCAUUUUUUACCCACCUGUCAAACCAUGUGAAGAAUGCAUUUAUGCUGGCUGGCAUAUGGCCUAUUAAGGAAAGAUCCUAGUUUCAUACAUAUUCAUGGUUGUUAUAACUACUUUCCAAACUUUUUAAUUGCUCUAUUUUUAUUUUAUUAUAUUAUACUUUUCUAUUGGUACCUUGAAAAGUGUUUUAGAAGUGUUAACAAUCAUGUGCCAGAAAACAAAAAAAAAAAAAAGAUCUUAAUAAGUAUAUCUCAUGUACAGCCAUACAACCAAUUGAAAUGUGAUGUACAGUACUUUAUGAAGGUUGAACUGACAAUUUUCUGACUGUAUUUUUGGGCAUUGUUCUGUUGUUUUUGGGGGCAAAGCUAGAACCGCAGAGAUUGGAUCUCCUACUCUGUCGGUUACAAGCAAUGGGGAACCAGGGCCAUUGCAUUGGCCAUGAUAGCCAGCCCUCGCUGGUCGCGAGAUGCGUUGUGGCAAGACCGAGCCCAAGUGGGUAUCAUUAACUGUAGCUUGCCAUCUAGGUAUGUACUGCACAUGUGAAGUGUUCCUCACACCUCUACAUUAUCUUGAAUAAUGGAACAUUCUUUAUUACCUACAGUAUAAUUUUGCAAUAUGUGUGAUUUUAUUUUUAAAUUUUAAUCUAACUGGGCCAGUAUUUUCUUGUGUCCAUUUUUGUGCACUUAAAAGCCAAGCGUUUCUUAUGGUUUUUGUUUGGAUAAACUGCAUGCGAGAUAUUAUAUUUGCUUACUUGUUUUUAUAUUUUGUGUUUGUGCUUAGCUUUCCUGAUAAUUUUAAGAAUGCAAUUUAUUAAAUUUCAUUAGAAGUUUUUUGUUGAAAAUUGUUUUUAGAUUGAAAUUAUAUUUAUCAUGCAACUGUGAAAUGGCUGAAGGCGUUUAGGAGGUUGCAGAUAGCAGUAAUAUUCUUUUUUCCUAAAGAAAGGAGUCCAGAAGUUACUGCCAGUAAAGGUGGUUUAUAGAUAUGCAGGUUGCAAUAAACAUAUGUUUAAUAUUUUUCCGUAUUAAUUUUCUAUCUGCUAUUUUUCGUGUAUUUUUAGGGCUCUCAGAUUUUUUAUAUGCUGUCCAAAAUGUUUGUCCAUGCAGACCUUUUCUUUUCAAAUGCAAUAUAAAAGUCCCAGAGGUGGUUUUUGAAUGUUGAUUUCAUUGUCGUGUCAUAGUAAGAAAUGGAGUCUGACGUGAGACCAUUUUCAUAAAUAUGUAUCUGUUGUCCAGUUCAGAUGUGAACAUACCUUUUUGAUGUGAAUUUUUUUGAUCUGCCCUAGAAAACCUUUGGGAAGUGAAUUUGUUGACAAUAUAUUUAAAAGAGGCCACAGUUAAGGGCGAUAGGGCGAUAAAUAAGUGAUCUGCAUUCUCCGGAUAGUCGGAAGAGAUGCCAGAGCACAUACACAUUACUGGAGAAACUGAAUUACAUCCUUGGAAACAAUCUGAUACGUUUUUAAAUCCAAAAAUUUUUAAACUGCAACAUUUAAUUUUGUUCCACUACUCUUCUUCAUUAUUCCUUCGUUGGUAUCUCUUAUGAUUUAUUUCUUUUACAUUUAUUUUUCUGCAUCAGCCAUUUGCUUGCUUGGUAUAUCUGUGGUAGUAUGAUGCUUCCUCUUCAGAAUGUGAGAGUCAAUGAAUAAAUAAAUAUAUAUAUUUACACUUGCAACAAACAUCCCAAUGUAAUGGUUGUACUUUUCAGACUUUGUGAAAAUUCUAUCAAACAUUUAUCUGUUAUUCUAUUUACCUUCUCCAACUUACCUCUGGCUAUUACAUUGUUUUCAGGUGUAAUGGCUGAGCUAAGUAACUAUAUGUCAGUUUUAGUUUUGUUAUCAGCUCUGCUUCAAGUGUACCAUGUCCACUUUGAGAUGUCAGAGUGAGGUACCAGGACUAGUUUCCCAGUAUAGUGUGAUAUAAGCUUGCCCCAGAUUACUAUAAUACAAUGUUGCUGCUCUUUCAUGCCUUAGUAAACCAUGACAAUCAACAACUAUCAUAACCAACUUAAAAGGUCAUUUUUGGCAGAUUGUCAAAACUUAUUUUAAUAUGUGAUUGACAGGAAAUGUGUUUAAGUAACAUUCAUGUUAAUCUAAUUGCUUAAGGGCUCCGCCUAUCUCGACACACAUAGAAUGUGCAAAGCUUCAGAAGGAACCACGCAAUUUGCAAAAAAAAAAAAGAUAUCAGAGAGUAAUUUAAUGUCUGUUUACGUAAAGCAUUUAAGAAUACGCUUAGGGUGGAUAAGUAAUUCUGUUUCUGGAUUUUGUUUUCAAACUGUUAGUUCGAUUAGAUUACGGAUAUGAAUACCAAAUUAUUCUCAAAAACAAAUAUUGAAUUCGAAUGUGAGAUUGAGAUUUAGAUACCCACUAAAAAUUAUUUUACAUUGUGUAACAAAUACAUAGGGAAAGAAAAAUAAAUGUGUAGUGUAGUAGCUUCUGGGAAAACAGUCAAAUAAUACUAAACUGAAAGUUAAGUUACGUUAAGUCAGCUACAAUAAUUAUACGUAAAAUGUUUCUUAAAAUAUUUAAAUUAUGAAAAACAAAAUUGGGUUUUUAUUUAUGCAGCUAACUCAACUAAGACCUUACCUAACCAACCAACCUUUUAUUUCAGUUCAUAGUUACAUUAUUUUCCAGAACCUGCUACUCUACAUAUUGAGCUAGGAAAUUUUUGUGAACCGCAAAAUAUAAUGCAAUUCAAUAAAUGUCACGAAAAACGUGAAUCUUUUUUAAAAUGCUGCAUCCCUUAUUAGUUAUUAGUGAUUGAGUGAACUCAUAUUUACACAUUCCAACCCUAGUUAUGUGUUUUUGUUGUUAACGGCAGCUAGGUAAACCAUAUUUUAGUUCAAUACUAUAAACACAAUUUCUUCUAAUUUCAUCAGGAAUCCGAAACAAUUAUUUACAUUUUUUAUUUUGUUAGUUAGCUGCAAGGUCUGCUUCGUCACAGAUUCACGUAGCAAGUAAGCUAUUAUUGUGUCACAUUGUGUUGGAUUGACCAAUGAACUAAAAUUCAUUAUUUCGAAGUGUUAAUAUUUGAGGUCGAAUCAAAUACGAAUAAUAAAAUAUUUGUAUGCAAAAAUUAAAAUAUUUGCACGUGCCUACUUUUUAGGCAUGAAUCACGCAGUACAGAUUCUUGAAACCACUCACGGGACUUGCAUUACACCUUUGCUGCUGAAAUCCCGUAGUUGGCCUGUGCACGACGAGAAGACUGCAUGCACUUAGAGGUAAUACCAUGCUCGAAGCACCAGCGAGCGUCACACUUAUCCUGCCACACUAACACAAACACACCCCUGACUAGACGGGCCCCUUAAUUUGUAGUAUUUUAAACCAAAAUUACAUAAGUACCACCAUGUUUGAUUGUCCCACAAAAGUAAUGAAUAACAUUAUGAAGUAUGUAAUGUAAGCUGGAUUUUUAAUUUACAUUUGCCUGUACAUAGGCAUGAUUAUAGUGUUCUGAUUGUGUUAUAACAAGUAUUACUCAAAAGAAAUUAGUACAUUUCUGUGCUCUUUAAAAUUGAAACUAAAGUUGCUAUGUAGCUGUCUUAGUAGGUCUGAUUUCUGGUUUCUCUAGAAUUUCCUUUUACUUCAAAUGCUAUUUCAAAAUUACUUAUUUUCAGUUGUGACUUGUUAUAACACACCAGUAAAAAACGAACAUUUAUUUUAAAUCCAAUGAUAAAGUUGUGAUAUUUAAACUACUAGUAUAUUAAUAGACUUAGGUUUUUUUUUUAAAAAGACAUUAUUGUAAUUUCCUUGCAAGGGCUACUUACAGGGGUGAUAUUUGGAGAAGCUAUUGGACAUUAUAACUAUCACGGUAGUCCACAAAAAUAUGUUCAUGCUCUGUCCUAAAGAGGAAAAAAGUAACAUUAAUGGGCACAUUGAGUGGAAAAUAAAUGAAUUUAUGUGACUCACAGGGAUAUCCAUCCACCUUAACAGAGAUGGGUCACCAAGGUUUCAAACUGGGUUUUUCAGUAGCAUCAUUUUCUGUGGGUUUCUCAGUUAAUAUUUUACAUCUGUGUAAUCUUGCUCUCUUUCAUGACUAGCAACAUAUUCACUGUAGUUGGCAUUGUUUGAGCAGUUUUAUAAAAGUACUUUUUAUUACUUUACUUAUUGGACAAGUUAUUCCAUGCAAUUCAAAUAUGUAUUCCAAUUUUACAAAAUAUAUAUUGUUUACACUUUCUGUUUUUAGAGAGUGUAAAUUUACUAUCCAUAUAUUUACAGUAUUAUGUUUUGUGUCUAUUUAGUUGUUAAUACAUAGUGAUGUUUAAAUUUUUACUGCGGAUUAAUUAAGUUUUAUUUGUGAAGCUUAAAUCAAUCUCCAAAGCAAAAUGCUCAGUUAUGAAUUCUCACAAGAAUGUUUAAAUGUUCGUAAAAUUACUCUUCCUGUAAGUGAAAUUUAUUUUUUACUAAGCAUGACUCAUAAUAGAUCCAAUGUGUGUGUGUGUGUAGGAUGUUCUCUACAGUUUUGCCAAUUGUAAGCUUUUCAUAUCAAUCAUUGACAAUACACAACAGUUCAAAUAUUAAAGCAUUAAUGUGUUGUAUUGUAAGUACUUGUGGAAUUUUGAAUAUCUUGGCACUAGGAAAUAUUGGCUUUCCAGUUACAAGUAGUGGGUUUUAAACCAAAAAAUGUUGUAUUGUAACAGUUCAGAAAACCGCUACGCUAUGCUAUGCUGUUUAGCUUUUGGAAUUUCAAUCAAACAGUUUGCAUCAAGCAAUCACUAUUACAUAUAUAUUUUUCACAACAUAUGUGCAGUAAAGUUAAAAUGUGCCACUCAUUUUUAUUGUGCAAUAUUAUCAGUCUAAUGUUUAAGCACAUAAUAUUCUUUUAAAAAUGAACUGAAUUAUUUGUGACUUCAAAAUAAUUGUAAUCAAAAAAACUGUGUAAUUUAAUUAUUCUGUAAAUAUAGUUUUAAGAGAGACUUUUUAAAAGUGACUAUUCAAUAGUAUUUAAAUUAUUGUACUUUUUUUUAAUGACACGUGGGUUGUGGUAUUUAAAUAACAAUGGCCCCUAAUACUUUCUGUACGUGGAGCGCAGAAACUCACUGUGGGAUAUGGGCCAAAAAAAGAGGGCAAAAACAUGUUCAAAGGUAAGUUUUUAGCUUGACUGAAUUUGUGACACAUUAAUUCCUGUGUUGCUCAUCAGUGAUGUUUUAACUAGUAAGAAAGCGAUGUCUUUUUAUGUGAUGUCCAUAUUUUAACGUAUUUUUAAUGUAUGUUUUCUUACCUAUAGCCAGAUUCAGCUGUCAUAAACUCCUGAUUAUCUGUAUUGUUCAUAUGUGCGCUGGUAUUACCGAUUUUAAAAAGUUUGAUACAUUGUUAAAAAAUGCACUGUCCGCUUCUUCCAAAACAUACGCCUAAUAUCCAACUUGACUAAUUCAAUCAGUCCUAUUUAGCAAUCAAACAAUUUUUUAACCAUCUUAAAUUUGUAAUUGCUGUUAUUCUUUCAUUUGCCAGAUAGAUUUUUUUUUUGUUGAAAAUUACAAAGAUUUUUUGUGUGAGAAAUGUUUCGGACAAUUCAACUAAGAAUUGAUCCUGUUACUCAUGUGCUUGAAGGCUUGAAGGCUAGGGUAAGGCUUGAGUGUUUUUAGACUAGUUAACAUAAAACUAUUCAUUCAAGGUUUUUUAUUCCAUCAAAACAUAGGUUAUUCAAAAAUCAAAUCAUUUAUGUUCAUGCAAGCCAAGUCAAUUUCUUUAUAAAAUGUGUACCUAUAAUUUUUUUUCAGGUGCUAGUACUUUCUCGGUAAUACACCCAAAUUAUUGGUUGCCGUUCACAUGCUAGGUAAUUACUGGUGUUAUUUUCUCAGAUAUGUGGUCAACAUAUCACAGUAAUCAAACACAAAGAUCCACCUUGUACCGCAUUGUAUCGUACAUCAAAAAACCAAUAGUAUAGCAACCUAACCCACCAGUGUACUGAGAUGGACUGAUGAUGUGCAAAUAGCAGAAUGCGGAUUUGUCUUUGCAUUAGGGGUCAAUGAGUAUUCAGAAUCUGUUUGAUAUUCUUGAAUAAUUUGAUCUUCGAUUCAAUAUUGCAAUUUUAAUAUUUUUUUAUUUUUCAUAAAAAACUUCAGAAAUUCAAACUGGGCCACAAAAAAAUUAAAUAAGAAUAGUGUGUGUAACAUGAAGCCAAAGAAGUUUUAUUGAGAUAUUCAGAUUUGUUUUCUAUAAGCUAUAACAUAGUACAUACAUGCUUUUUAUAUAUAACCAAUAAUAUGUGAUUAUAUCCAUAAAAAAUAAGAGUAUUUUGUAAUCAUGAUCAGUUUUAUUCACAAAACAUUUUUCAAUUUUUCAUGCAUUGCCCCCCCCCCCCCCCCUUUUUUUUUUUUUACUUUACUUUACUUUACUUCACUUCACUUCACUUCACUCUAAUAUGAUUCACACGCACACGCACACUUGAAUUAUAGACAAAUUUUUUUCUUGUACUCCUUUUGAGUGUUUGCUUAUGUUUGACUUAUAAAAGAUUUGAUAUAAUUUAAUAUGUUAUUCAAAUUUGAUUCAAAUAUAGAAAAGAGGAUUCGCAGAAGCCAAAUUAAAAUGUUUUAGAAAUGUCAGUUGAUAGAAUGAGAAAUUUCGAAUGGAAAACAUAAGAAUGUGCCUAGUGUAACUACUGUAGGCCUGUGCGAAUAAUGGAAAUUUCAAAUAUUAAAAUGGUUAGUUAAUAUUUGUAUUAAAUUUCAAAUAAUUAUACUUCAAAAAUAUUUAAUGUUCAAUUGUAUUGAAGUGUAAUAACCUUGGUUGGUGGUUAUACAAUACCCAGUUUCAGUAUAUUAAGAAUCCAUACAUUAACUGUCCAUACUUUUUUUUCAGCAUGUGCACAAUGAAAAGCAAAAAAGUUUAAGUUCAGAUGGUGGAAUAGUCUUUAAUAUUUUGAAAAUUUUUAAACAAGCGUGUAUAAUAAGUAUUGUGCAACUACCAUGAACAAAAUUUAAAAAAAAUUAAUAAAUUUAUUGCCGCUAUAUGAAAGCAAUGUUCACACUAUCAUAAAAAGAUUAAAAAAUAUAUACUUCGCUUCUGUGGCUAUUUAAAUGAGAUAUUUGUGUUCAGGAAUAUUUUAACAUUUGUAUUCAAAUUGGAAACCGAAAAACUGAUUUUCGCUGAAGCCUACCAUUCAGGUUUGCCUUGAACUACAAUUUUUUUGCAUGCUAGAUACAAUACACACAAUUCAAUUUUUGUUUAAUUGAAGAAGCAAGCUAAUGGGCCAGAUUCCCCAGUAUGCGUCGAUGUGCCAGAUUUAUGUACUGCCCGCAUAUAUAAUGUAUCACAGACUAUCAGUAUACACACACAUCUUGUAUAUUAUUACAUGCACUACGCUACAGUUACAUAAAUAACAUUACAUUCGGGGAGUGUGUUUUUAACAUAAUAUUUUAUAUUUAAAAUUUUGUUACUGUGAUACAUUUUACCAUUUACAAAGACAGUAAGUACCCUUUUUCCUGCACAAAAUACGCUUGACAUUCACAUAAAAAUUAAAUAGACAGUACCUGAAUAGUAUAGAAAUUAUAUCAGUUAUAGUUUACCUACUACUAUAAUUGAUUUAUAUCAACUUUUGUUUCUGGGUCUCAAUUUAAAAGUACGUAACCUUUACACAAGGAUUAUCUCAGAGGUUGGUUUAGCAUGAAUUCUUUAAAGGACUACUGGCUUUACUUGAACCAUAGGAACUGUUUACUUAUCACAGUUUAAAAAAUUUAUUUAACAGAGUCUGUAAAAGUUUAUAGUAAAUCAAUAUAUUAUUGUCCACAGUUUUUGAUUUACAACCAUUAACGUCCACUGGAUUACGUAUUUAUGUUACUCGGCAUCACUGCUAUAGGAGUUAUGCAGACUUGCCUUAAUGCAUUUACACACAGACUAUUCACGCCUACUUAGAUAUUAUUAGAUAUCUUUAUAUCUAUUUAAUAACUAACUGAAGCUCUGUUUAUUUUUCAUGGAGUCAUUUCAAACUGAUGCAUUUCAAAACUUUGUGGAUUCAUAAUAAAAAUAUCAACUUGCAGUUGAGCCCUAUUUUCGGACGAUUCUGAGAGUCCAUACAGUACACCGAUAAGAAUUUACUCGAUUCCAAACUUGAGUGCGUUGCAAGUUCCAAGUCAUAUAAUUUAUUGAGUGAUUGUAUUGUUUUUUUUUGUGAAGUUUAAAAAUGUAGCAAAUCAAAGCAAUGGAUUGAUUUUUUAAUGAACAAAUUUUUAUUUUUAAAGCAGUAUAUUUCAUGAUUCUGGGAUCAUCAUACUCUAACACUGAGUAAUUAAGCUGUUGUAACCAUACCAAGUAAUCUGUUAGCAGUUGAAAGUGGUUUUCAGGUUAAGGUAAAUUUUUCAGAAUUUGUACAUCCCUGGUUUUUAUUUUGGAAUCCAUGUAUGAUUGUUAUUUAAUGCGGAUUAGGCCUCGCCAUCUUUCAGUUUCAGUAAUUUUGAUAUCGUUUGCAUUAGAGCUUUGCUACUCAUUUUUUGUUUUGUUUGACAUGGCAUAGGAUUUAGCUUUCUUUGGCUACUUGUUGAAGUCAUUUGUAAAUUGGUGUGAUUAUCAUUAUAGUUAUAGUUGCCCGUUAUAAAUAAUAAGUUAUUUCCUCGCAGUGCUUACAGACUAAAACCUGUUGGUAAAGAUUUGCUUGCAACAAGGUUUUGAAGGUUGGGGAAAUAUGAAUUAUGUCUUGACAUGCCAAAAAUUAUUGGUAAAGAGUUCAAAUUUAGAUUUAUGGCAAAAAGAUGGCAAAAUCUAAGAUGACCUGGCCUAAUUCCUUUUAAGAAAUAGAAUUUAUGGACCAUGCAUUUGGAUCAGUGAUAAGGGGUGUUUAGUCAGAAACUGAAAAUAAAAUUGAUAUUAUCAUCUUUUUUUAUAGCUUUGGAUUCUGUGCAAGAAUUUUUGAUAUGUAUUUUGAAAGAAGUUGUAAAAUUCCUAAGCAAAGAGAGAAAUUUCCAAUCUUAUACAUAAAUAUGUUUCAGUUUUUUGAGAAUGCUUGUGCUUAUUUAGUGUAAUGGAAUUGGAAUUGUGGAAUGGAUUUCCACAAUGGAAUCGGUGGAGUUUCCGAAAAAUGUUCCUCUUCAGAUUGUUCACCAAAUUUAAUUAAACUAGUUAUAAUAAUGAUAUAUGAAAAUAUCUGUUAAUCAGGAGUUUAUUUUUAGAUUUCAGAAGAAGUUGUCAAUUUUUUUCUUUAUUAGUUUUUGGCAUGUGCAAUAAAAUACAUGUUUACAAUAUGUAAUGUGCAAUUGAACAAUUACUGUUUCACCCUUGUAUUUCUUUAUACGUGUAUGUGAAUCAGAAUUGACUUUUCCAUUCACCUAUAGAUUUCUGUAAUUUAUAUUCUGUAAGUUGUUUUGAAUGUACGUAAAGUACAUAAAGUAUUUGUAAGUUCCUUAAACUGAAUUUAUUUUACUUUAUUAAUAAUCAGGUGAGAUAUUUACCUUGCUCUACAUUCCUGGUAAAUCAGCACAUUCUUUGCCCUUAUAAUUUAUUGAUGAAUUUCAUGAUUUCUUUUUUUGGAGUUGUGUUUACAAGUUAAAGUUUUGUAUAAAUACCUACCUAAAGUAUGUUUUUUUGUCCAUUUCCCAUUGUAACUAUUUAUAGAGGCCUUGUCAUUCCAAAAGUAUUAUUAUCAGUAAUAAUAGUAUAACUUGUAAUUCGUUUGUAAGUAGGUGAAGUGUAUAUUUGAAGGUGGAAAUUGUUCCAUCAGUGUACAUAAGAGUGUUGUAACUGUAACCAUUAUUUGUAUAUUACAAAUGUGGCUUCCCUCAAGUUUCACAAAGACAAAAAAAAAUAUGCAUUCCGGAAACUAUGUGAUGUGAUGUCAGUCAAAUAUUAUGACAGUUAAAAAUAAAAAUUUUUUUAUUAACAAACACAUUUUUUAUUCUUUUAUUUUUUACUGUCUUUUUUCUCCUGAUUUUGUUGAACUUUGGUAUUAAAAGAAAAAGAUAUCAACUUAAAUUUACAUAUUUUGUUAUUAUUUUACAGUGGUAAAGUUUCGUAAAUUUUAGGUAAAUUAAUAAAGUAAUGAUUUGGGUGGUAGUGGCUGGCCCAUGGCCAAUGGCCAAGUCAAUCACGGGUUUAGCAGUGGCUUGCUGCACCAACAGUAUAGCUCUGUUCUUCUGCUAGGCUAUGUAAAUUUUUAGAUUAAAUCUGUUAAUUAUGCAGGGUUAUUGAGAAUGAUUGCCGGGAUUCAAAAACUGAUUUUUAUAUAAGAAGUUUAUAUCUUAAAAUGUUCAGAGAAGUCUUAAGUAUUACAUUAACUUAAAACACUUGGGUAUGGGUACCAUUUGUAGCUCUGAUGGAUGUUGAUUCAGUAUUUAAGCUCCUGCCACUUCUGAAUUGUGUCCACAGUUACAGUUUCGAGGUCUGGAAAGGUAUUGAUAAGGGCGAAAUCGGCACGCACAUCAACCUGUUCACUUCUAUGCGUGGGACACUGAACUGUCGCACUGUCUUUUUCGUUUGGUGGUGGGUG